UAAGCAUGACGUCGCCAUUUUAAACGAUUUUUCCCAAUACGUUAUUGCUCUCACAUUUUUAAGGUUAUAAGUUAUAGAUGAGAAAGUUACACUUAUCGCCGAAACGUUGUCCACGACUUUACUACCACACAACCUGAUCUUAUUUGAGUAUGAAAAAGAUUAUAAACGUGACAAAUUUAGGAAUCCGUUAUCCCCCGUAAUCACUGAGGUAAUUUUUUAUCGUCACGAAGAUGAGGCGACACUGUAUCAUAUGUUCGCUCUAAGGAUUUGAAGCAUAAAUAGUUCACAUAACAUCCAAAGUUAUGACUUCACAAUCUGUAAAUUUAACGGCAUACCAACUUUGAUACCAGGGUUACUACUUUUAUUAGGAAACGAAAGAGAGAAGACCUGUGAACGAAAUUGUCUACAUGCCUGUGUGAGUGACACAAUUAUAAGACUUGUUUACCUUUCCUUUGACAUAAAUAAUUUGUUUUACGUGUAAAAACGGAUAUAGACAUGUAUUACAAUCAAAAAAGCUGAUUGAAUUUCUUUUUAUCGAAAGUCGAAUCGUUUAAGAGCUUUCCUAUCGAUUUUAAUAUAAUUCAUUUCCCUGCUUGAUGUUCUAAGUUGUCUUAUAUUCAGACGAACAAAAAUUAUUUUUGUGCAAAGUUGUCCAGUUCUCAUAUAAUCAUAGAAUCAAUCAUGUAUUUACGAUACUAUUUUGACGGAAAAUUUAAAGCCUUUAAAUCAGAAUAAUUUAAGGAUAUCAAAUGGAGAGAUUUGCAACUAAAUAAACAUGUAUUAUGAUAACAAUAAAUCAAUUCAAUAAGAAAUUAAACCACCAUGUUCACACGUGUGUGUAAACUGCAGAAUGCAAUAAGUAUCGCGCUGUCGCCGAAAUGUAAACACUGACUCUUUAUAAAUAGCUGAUCAGAUUAAACGGGAUGUUUUAAAUCGAUUUGCACUGGCACAGACAGGAUAUGGUAAAAACUGUUAAGUCGGCUUUGUGGAAGAUUGUAAAAGAUUUACAAACAAAAGACAACAUAGAAAUAGAAUUGAAGUAUGCCAAACAAUAUUCUUCUAUUCCUUACGGUUAUAUUCAGUUAAAAGCGUCACGUCAGUAACAACUGCGAAUAUUUUUGGAGACAAACUGUACGUGAGCGGUGUACGAAAAGAGCGAUACGAUAAGAUCCUGGUACUCAUCAAUACAAACACAACCUCGUGUGGAGACCAACAACCUAUGUAAAUAGAAAAGAAUGAGUUCCUUCUUGAUCAAAAACUUACUCAACCCAGAUAAACUUUCAGUAAACAAGAAAACUGCUGAGCAUAAUGACAUGCGCUAUGGAUUACGUGAGAGAAUUUCAAACGCGCCACCGCCGAGGAAUGCACAUAUGUCAUCAAAACUUGUUGUGGCAGACAUUUUGAAAUAUCUGAGAAGACAUCAUAUUGUUUACAACCAUCAACGAUACCAAAGUAGCGUGGAUCUGAGUGAAACAAAGGAGAUGCAAUCUAACGCUUGCAAAUGCGAUGUGUGUUCGUGCUCGGUUUGCUAUGAGUGGUACGUGAAGUGGGAGAAGUAUUAUUCUCUUCCACGACAUGGUUUUUCGAUACAACAAUCGUGUGUCACCAGUGAAUCUAUCCCUCAGUUUUCACCACCACCAACACAAUCAUCAAGGUUAUCAAAACCCUAUGGACUCUAUUUCCCAUACCCUAGGGGACUUAACGAACCGGAUUGUAAUACAAACGGUUUUCGUAGAAGACACAGGACGAUUUUCUCUGAUGAGCAGCUUGAACUGUUGGAAAGAAUGUUCAGCCAAACACACUAUCCCGACGUACUGAUGCGCGAAAAAAUUGCACAGAUAAUAAAUUUAACAGAAGAAAAAGUCGAGGUAUGGUUCAAAAACAGACGAGCGCGGUGGAGAAAACAAAAGAAAGAAGUUCACGAAACUGAAAAAUACAAACGUCAAUUUUUAAAAAAAUCUGACACAGGCGUUCUAAAUUUGGACGGCGAAAGUACGUUAUCGCCGUCAACUCCAUGCAAAAUAUUAGGAACAUUCAUGCCGACACGUUCCAGAAAUUAUGUUGGCGUGAGAAAAGACAGCGAAGAUGUGACAAAAAUAAACACGAACGUUUAAACUGGUUUCCAAUAUGUUUAAUAUAUAUUAUAAACUAAUAUUUGUAUAUAUUUACUUCAUAAAAGGAUUAACCAAAAUCGUUUGUUAGUUCCUAUAGACCAUGAACGUCUGAUGGACAUUGGAUGUAUAUCUACUCCUCGUUUUAUAGAGCUAUUUUUUUAAUGCCUAUUGUGUGGACGUGACAAAACCAUGUCGUCAUAAGAGAAGAUACAUUUUAUAAAAUAAACUUUAAUCUAUGAUUCUCCCAUUCUCGUUUCCAGGGCUCGUAAACCUGAAGAGAGUUAUCAAAAGAUCUGAGGAUGAGAAUGGAUUCAAGGUGACUCAAUCCCUUCUAAUUACUUUUAGGUUUAAAAAAAGCACAUCCUGUCAAAAAAUUUUUUUUAGUAUUACUGAUUACACGCAUUUUUGUGUCGUCUUCUCGCAUGUUUUCUUGCCACCUUGUUCAAGAAUUUCUUGGUUACAAUCUUGGUUCUUUUAAAGAAAUUUCCGCCACGUGAUUAAAACGUUUCAAUAUUUUGUCAAGUCAAUUUCUUUAAAUAGUUUUCCGGGGAUAGCUAUUUUGUUGACAGUAUUAUCUGAAACAUAAUGAGAUUUUCUAGUAUUAUUUCAAAUCAAAACCUUCAAAACUGUCUAAUUCGUUUCAAUUCCACCUUAUACAUUGUAUUUGUUGUAAUUAUUGUUUAUUUAUCACUUAGAGGUAUUAAGAUUGCAUUCUUGAUUAAGUCUAUUUUGCAGACCAGAAUAUGUGUAAUUUACAGACCAUAUUUUUAGAAAUUAAACGUA